UUCCCCCACCCAGUUUGUGUGCCCCUCCCGCUGCGACCGGCUGGGAGGCUCGGCCGCCCCCGCCCCGAGAGGGAGGCGGGGGCGCAAGCCGCGGCGGCCACCCGAGGCUGUGGAGGGGAACGAGAUCCGAGGCCCCGAGGCGGCCCUGCAUCUGGACCGGGCACGCGGGGGCUGCCUCUGCACCCCCAGCCGAGGGCCGCGGGGCCUGGCCUCGCCGCGGGGUGGAGGAGCUUACUGGCCGCGGGCACCCUGAGCCUUCCUGACCCCCAAGGGGGGCUCGCCCGCGGCCCCCCAUGAGCGCGCCGGGCUGACCGGCGGGGCGGCCGCGGUGGAGCCCGGGCGCCGCGGGGGCGGCGGGGCCAUGGCCUCGCUGGACCUGCCGUACCGCUGCCCCCGCUGCGGGGAGCACAAACGCUUCCGGAGCCUGUCGUCGCUGCGCGCGCACCUGGAGUACAGCCACACGUACGAGACGCUCUACAUCCUCUCCAAGACCAACAGCAUCUGCGACGGCGCUGCAGCCGCGGUCGCGGCCGCCGCCGCCUCGGGCUUCCAGCUGGCGCCCGAGCCCGCCGCCCUGCUGGCCGUGCCCGGCGCCCGGCGCGAGGUCUUCGAGAGCACGUCCUUCCAGGGCAAGGAGCAGGCGGCCGGGCCGUCGCCCGCAGCGCCACACCUCCUGCACCACCAUCACCACCACGCACCCCUCGCCCACUUCCCCAGCGACCUGGUGCCCGCCAGCCUGCCCUGCGAGGAGCUGGCUGAGCCGGGCCUUGUGCCCGCUGCCGCCGCGCGCUACGCGCUGCGCGAGAUCGAGAUCCCGCUGGGGGAGCUGUUCGCCCGCAAGUCCGUGGCCUCCUCGGCGUGCUCGACGCCGCCGCCCGGGCCCGGCCCCGGCGCUUGCUCCGGGCCCGCCUCCGCCUCGCCUGCGUCGCCCUCGCCCGCAGAUGUGGCUUAUGAGGAGGGUCUGGCGCGCCUCAAGAUCCGUGCGCUGGAGAAGCUGGAGGUGGACCGGCGGCUGGAGCGGCUGAGCGAAGAGGUGGAGCAGAAGAUCGCGGGCCAGGUGGGCCGGCUGCAGGCAGAGCUGGAGCGCAAAGCGGCGGAGCUGGAGACGGCGCGGCAAGAGAGCGCGCGGCUGGGGCGCGAGAAGGAGGAGCUGGAGGAGCGCGCGUCCGAGCUCUCCCGCCAGGUGGACGUGAGUGUGGAGCUGCUGGCCUCGCUUAAGCAGGACCUGGUGCACAAGGAACAGGAGCUGAGCCGCAAGCAGCAGGAGGUGGUGCAGAUCGACCAGUUCCUGAAGGAGACAGCGGCACGGGAAGCCAGCGCCAAGCUGCGGCUGCAGCAGUUCAUUGAGGAGCUCCUUGAGCGUGCUGACCGUGCCGAGCGGCAGCUGCAGGUCAUCAGCAGCAGCUGUGGCAGCACACCUAGCACCAGCCUGGGCCGUGGAGGUGGGGCAGGUGGCGCUGGGCCUGGCACCCGGGGGCCAGGCAGAAUGCGAGAACACCACGCGGGCCCAGCCAUGCCUAGUACGUAUGCGGUGUCACGGCAUGGCUCCUCUCCCAGCACAGGGGCCUCCAGCCGCGUCCCAGCUGCCUCCCAGAGCUCAGGCUGCUAUGACAGUGACAGUCUGGAGCUGCCCCGGCCUGAAGAGGGGACCCCUGAGGACAGCGGCCCUGGGGGCUUGGGCACACGGGCCCAGGCUGCCAACGGCGGCUCAGAGAGGGCCCAGCUCCCUCGCAGCUCAGGCCUGCGGCGCCAGGCCAUCCAGAAUUGGCAGCGCAGACCCCGCCGACACAGCACGGAGGGGGAGGAGGGGGACAUCUCGGACGUGGGCUCCCGAACGACUGAGUCAGAGGCUGAGGGCCCCUCGGAUGUCCCCCGUCCUGGGCCUGCAAUGGCUGGGCCGUUGAGCAGCUGCCGGCUCUCAACCCGCCCUGACGGAGGCAGUGGGCGGGGUCGGCGAGCUGAGAGGGGCAGCCCCUCACGCUCCAACGAGGUCAUCAGCCCGGAGAUCCUCAAGAUGCGAGCCGCCCUGUUCUGCAUCUUCACCUACCUGGACACGCGCACGCUGCUGCAUGCUGCCGAGGUCUGCCGGGACUGGCGCUUUGUGGCCCGCCACCCCGCCGUCUGGACCCGAGUGUUGCUGGAGAAUGCCCGCGUCUGUUCCAAGUUCCUGGCAAUGCUGGCUCAGUGGUGCACCCAGGCCCACUCGCUGACACUUCAGAACCUGAAGCCCCGGCAGCGGGGCAAGAAGGAGAGCAAGGAGGAGUAUGCCCGGAGCACCCGGGGCUGCCUGGAAGCAGGGCUGGAGUCCCUGUUGAAGGCGGCGGGGGGCAACCUGCUGAUCCUGCGCAUCUCUCACUGUCCCAACAUCCUCACCGACCGUUCACUCUGGCUGGCCAGCUGCUACUGCCGUGCCCUGCAGGCCGUCACCUACAGGAGCGCCACAGACCCUGUGGGCCACGAGGUCAUUUGGGCCCUGGGCGCAGGCUGCAGAGAGAUUGUCUCCCUCCAGGUCGCGCCACUUCACCCCUGCCAGCAGCCCAUGCGUUUCAGUAACCGCUGCCUACAGAUGAUCGGUCGCUGUUGGCCCCACCUCCGGGCCCUGGGGGUUGGGGGCGCCGGCUGUGGGGUGCAGGGCCUGGCAUCACUUGCGAGAAACUGCAUGCGGCUGCAGGUCCUGGAGCUGGACCACGUGUCGGAGAUCACCCAGGAGGUGGCGGCUGAGGUCUGCCGGGAAGGUCUGAAGGGACUGGAGAUGCUGGUGCUCACAGCCACCCCCGUCACCCCCAAGGCCCUGCUGCAUUUCAACAACAUUUAUUGCCCUGUGCUCUGCCCACGUUGGAGACAUGAGCUGUGGAACAAACACCAUCUGCCCCUACGCAUUUGCCGAAACCUGAAGUCCAUUGUGGUCCAGAUUGGGAUUGCCGAUUAUUUCAAAGAGCCCAGCAGUCCUGAGGCCCAGAAGCUGUUUGAGGACAUGGUGACAAAACUCCAGGCCCUGCGCCGGAGGCCCGGCUUCUCUAAGAUCCUGCACAUCAAAGUGGAAGGCGGCUGCUAACCCGGGUAGGGGGCGGCAGGGCCCCUGCCAGCCCCACACCAGGGCACUCUUUGGACCUCCAGAGGGACCCUGAUUUGGACUUGACCUUCAGAGGCCUGGUGUUAUCCCUGGCUCCCAGGGAGGGGUUGACAGCUUCCUGUCCUCCUCCUGGGACAGUGGAGCAACAGGCCUGGCCCUGGGCACUGCCUCUGCAGGGCAGGGGCUUGGACAGAAGUUGCCCUCCUACCCCCACCCCACCCCCAGCUGAAGCAGCCUUCUGGGCACAGCCAGUGAGGAGCUGAGUCACUACCAGCACCUGGUGUCACCGCCCGGAGGAUCUGCAAUAACUACCCAGUCGCUCCUUGGCUGCUCAGGCUGCCGGGCAGCCCUCCCCUUCCUGAGGCCCUGCCUCCCGGUCAGGAGCAUCUGCUAGGCCCCAGGCCAAAGGGGACUCCACAAGGCAAGGAGGGCUCUUCUCCUCCGCCUGGCCUGUCCCAGCCCUCUGGGGGCACCCCCUUCUGACAGCUUGCCUGGGCUCUGGGUCCACUUUCUCCAGGGAUAACACAGAUAGGCCUAGGGGUCUGGGAAUGUGGCCAGCCAAAAGUGGGGGGCGGGUGUGCAGUGAGGUGGUGGGAGUGGGCUUGGAAGGGCAAAACAUUCACCCAGAACUUCUCCCCAGGACACUGAGACCACCCCUCCCAAGAGGAGAAAUUGCCAGGUAGAGAAAACUUGAGAGGUUUUAUUGCUGUAGAAAAGACAAGACCCCUCCUCCCAGACACCACAUACCCCACUACACACCAGAGCUAAUUCAGAGCUGAAAGGUGCAUGUCUGUAUGCCCACCAACAGUCUCAAGCCUCUGGAGGAGGCGGGGCCUAGUCCUGGGAAACCCUGUCAGCAGGGAGAAGCAGUUCCUGCCUCAAGGAAUGUCCUUCUAAUCCAGGUGCUCAGGCAGGACUCUGAUGGCCUUUGGGUCCCCUAGGCUGUGUGGGAGGGACCCACUGGGCUGCCUCUGUGCUGGGGCCUGGAGGAGGCUGGGAGGAGGGCAGUUUGGUUUGCUUCCUUGUCUGGCUAACUUGCUUGAAGAUGUGCCCUUGGUAGGGAGCCAGACCUGUGGGGCCAAGGAUGAGGAAGAUGUCCUUGUCCUCCCUCCUCAGCAGCCCUCUGCUGGCUCUCUGAGGGCUCUGGUGGGAGUCUUCUGCCUGUGGGCAGUGCCGGGCCUGAGCCAGAGCCACUUGGCUUAGUAGCCACAGAACACAAGUGGAGGUUUUCACCAACCCUUGCCCGGUUCCCAAAGGACCAGGUCCCAGCACUAAGGCUCCCAAGACUCAGGUCUCCCCAGUCCCUCCUCUCAGAACUCUCACAGUGGCACCGAGGCCAUGGGUCCUGCCAACUUUCAUUGGGAAAGUUCUUUGAAACAUUAACCUAGAUCCAUCUUAGGGUUUCCUUGUCUCCUGUACAGGACCGGCUCUCAGCCCUAACCAUUAGGCUGCUGGUCCUGGGGUCCUCUAGUUUCUCAGUCCUUUCCAAGGAUCCAGCUUUUUGCCACAGCCUGGCUUGGACAUCAGGACCAGCCCUGGGUUACCCUGCGAGUCCUCUAGAGCUGGGGCCCCACAGACUCAGCAGUGCACCCAGCUCCCUGCUUCCAUACCAGCUCUGUCUUAGCUCUUGUCAUUGGUGAUGACUUUUCCUCCUGUGGCUUGUUCUAGCCCUGCCCUUUGAAGACCCCAAAUAUCAAGGGUGUCAUGUUGGCAACUCCCUGUCUAGUCCUGCACAAAGCCUUGGUGAAGUGGCAUCCCCUACCACACCGCCCCCCCACCCCCCCCACCCCGAGCAGCUGGCUCCAUCGGCUCCUACCUCCCCAGCCAUGUCCCCAGGAGUCACGGGGAGGAGAAGCACAACUUUUCUCUGUCCUCCAGGGGUCUGGAAGGGAGGUGGAGGCCCACUCAGGGCCUGGCUGCCCUGAGUGUGUCUGUCCUGCCUUGCCAACUGCACCCUCUAUAGCCCCUGUGCCCUGUGACCCCCGGACCAGAGGUGCUGCCCUCCCUGUCUCCUGGACAAAGCACAAAGGGAUGUCCUUGCUUGGCCUGAGACUGCCCUCCUGAGGGACUUUUUCUGCUCCAGGAAGCCUCCAUCCCUGAAUACCAGGCUUUGGGCAAUUUCUUCCGGGUGCCCACUGGAAUGCCUGGCAUUAGUCCUGGGAAAGGAGAUCAGGGUGCACGGACAGUGAGCUAGAGUGGGAGAAAGGUGGUGCUGACAGGGCUGAUUCUGAUAGUAGGUUCAUUCAUUCAUUCAUUCAUUUAUGCAACUGCCCUGAGCACCACCAGCACUGUGGGCAGCAGAGAGAAUAAGACCCCCCUCUUCUGCUGGUGGGAAGUUUGCCUUUCAUGAGUGUGGCUGUUUCCAGGAAACCCACCCAGUCCCCCAACCUGUAUGUUCCAGCUGAGUGUGUGAGUGAGUGCUGCACAGGCCCAAGCCCCUGCCGGUGGGAACGAUGUGUUGCAGUGUGUCCCAUUGCACACCUGCCCCUGGGGCUGGCAGACUGGUACACCCUGGCCUUCAUGCAUGCCCUGAGAACCGGCAAGUUUGCAGGCCUCCCAGCCCCCCACCAACUUGAUGCUAUGUUUUGCCUCUCCUCAGGGGGAUGAGCCCUGCUGCCGGGUGGGAAGCUUUUGUUUGCUGGAAUGCUCUAUUUGUUCACUUUAGCAACCAUACAGCGAGGGCUGAGGAUGGGGAACAGGGAUGGAGGGCCUAGCCAUCCCUGGAAGACCUCAUCCUUCUCUCACCCAAAGGAGAGCCCCCUCCUCCAUAUCUCAUACCUAAUAAGAUGCAAAGAGGAAUAUCAGAGAGAGCAGACCAAGGCAGGCCCUGCUCCAGAUGUCCCAGGCAUGUGUUGAGGUCCCAUGGGUGGUGGCCAUUUGGUGUUCCUACCACCUCUCCCUGCCAUACAGCCUGGCCCCAGCACAUGGGGGCUUGGCACAUUUGGCUUGAGUGCUUCAUCAUGCUUUAUUCGGGCUGCCUCCCCACAGCACUGGCAGGGAACAAAGGAGAUGCCGCAUGUAUCUGGAUCUCUGAGGGAGAGGGAGCGGGCUGCCCAGAACCACAGUCUUUCACUGGCCAGGAGAAACCACCUAAGGAGCAAGGCAGCUCCUAGUCCCAUGAGAGUGGAGUUUUAGCCAACCCCUGAGGAACUGCUUCAAGGAAAAAAAAAAAGCUGCCUCCUUCCCAAGGCCUGCUGCUCCAAGGUUUG